GCGGUAGUGCAGCCCAUACUCAGAGAAAAAAGGAGGAAAAGUUUGCUCAUAGAUAGGCUGCUCAAGCCCUACAGCUCAUGUGACGUAUAGCUGAUACUUUUCAGUCCGACUGUCUUCAUUAACUUCAAACUGCAUUCACUUUUUAUAAUCCACCGGCUAUCAUGCGUUUUCCCUUCAGCAGGAAGAGUUGCCAUAACCCUCCCGGCAUCCGUGAUGAACCCGCCACCAUUUAUAGCCUCGCGGUGACAAACAAUCUUAUUAUGAGAUUUAAACUUUGCCUCGACUAGACUGGAGGAUCAACACGAGCUCCUCUCGCACUUAUUCCCCACAGUUUCCCAACUGAUAUAGUAGGCUACUACCCGCCUCCUUUGAUUGUGGUUAAACGCCGGUGUCAGCUCUCGGUGUAAUAGAAAACCCAAGCAGGGCUCCGGGUCUGUUCAGCAUACAUAAAGGCGAGCGGGGAGAGGAGCUCAGCCCUGAAUUAAAUCACUCACCGCUAAACGGAUCUUCGAGACUCUCCCUUGACGCAGUCAGUCGCUGCUUUGAGCGUCUUCAACCCGACAACAGAAAACUGGGAUUCUUUUUUAUUUUUAUUAUCUAAAAGAAACAUCUAAUGUCUCUCUGAAAAUGUCUUGUGUUCGUGGUGACAUACAGUAAGCUGCCAGCUUUGUAUGGGGAAGAGGCUCCUGCUCCACGAUCGUCAAGCAGAGUUCAAGAAGAGAAAUCAGUGAACAUCUGCACUGUUGGAGGAAACCAGGGAUGCUCUCUCACACUGAGGACUUCAACCUAGAUUACAGAGGUUAUUCCUCCGUGCACAUGAGAGAGGCACAGAAAGGAAGACAAAAACAAACAGGAAAGUGGCAAAAACAAUAAGAUGAGACCAUUUAAUGAUGGUAACCUUGAAGGAGAAAAGCACAAGCCAACCUGAGAUGGUGAAAUCUCUUUUAAGCAUCACCAUAAGUUCACUGCAGACAAACCUCAAUGAAAGAAACUCAGUAUAAGGGCAGAUACUCAACAUUUUUCUGAUUGGCACAUGGGGAGAAUACCAUCCAUCAAUGAAGAGGAGCCAAAUAAAAGGAUUGUUUCUGGCCCUGAGAACAGUUGAACAUCCAGCUGAUUUUCCAACAGGAUCAUCUUGGCUGUACUGAAACCACAGCGGUAUCAUCCUCCUCUCAUUUUUUUGGCCCUGCACAUGACUCUCAGAGAAGCACCAAUGGCCUGCAGCUUAGGCAUGGUGAUGAGUGCCUUGUUUUGGUCUGUAGCCAUUGUAUAUUUGACUCAUAUUGGCAGAGUCAGUGGAGACUGCUGGUUAAUUGAGGGUGAAAAGGGCUUUGUAUGGCUUGCGAUUUGUAGCCAAAACCAACCACCUUAUGAGGCCAUCCCACAGCAUAUCAACAGCACCAUUGUGGACCUUCGUCUGAAUGAAAACAAAAUCAAAAGUAUCCAAUAUUCUGCCCUUAGUCGCUUUGCCAACUUGACCUACCUGAACCUGACCAAGAAUGAAAUCUCCUACAUUGAGGAUGGCGCCUUUUCUGCUCAGUUUAACUUACAAGUACUUCAAAUGGGCUUCAAUAAGUUGCGGAACCUGACAGAGGGGAUCCUCCGGGGUUUAGGAAAGCUGCAGUACCUCUACCUCCAGGCAAACCUGAUUGAGACUGUGACACCCAAUGCCUUUUGGGAAUGCCCCAACAUUGAGAACAUUGACCUCUCCAUGAAUCGAAUCCAGCAGUUAGAUGGGUCCACGUUUACCAGUUUGACUAAACUGACCACCUGCGAGCUGUAUACCAACCCUUUCAACUGCUCGUGUGAAUUACUUGGUUUUGUCAAAUGGCUCUCAGUUUUCCCUAACAGGACGAAUGAGCGAAUGGUCUGUGACUCCCCACCUGGCGUCUCUGGUUAUAGUUUACUGAGCCAGAAUCCUAACAAUCCAACAUUUCGAAAUGCGCUUCACAUGCUCACUACUGUGUGUACUGAUGACUAUGUGACACCAUUUAUUCCUGUGCCCACUGAGCCCACGACACCCCCACCGGACUCGACACUUUGUGGGCUGGAAGAUUGUCCCUCAGGCACAGAACCAGAAGACAUUACGAUCAGUACAACCUAUAAUGAUGUGGAAGUAAACCCCCUGAUGAAACUGAAGCAAGUAUCGAAUACAGGUGCCACUAUCACGGUUCAGAUUCCUCAUCCCUACAAGAAGAUGUACAUCCUGGUUCUGUACAACAACAGCUUUUUCACAGAUAUUCAAAACCUGAAAGAUAUAAAGGAGGACAUUGAACUAAAAAAUCUUAAACCCCACACUAACUACACAUACUGUGUCGCUUCGAUACGUAAUUCUCUUAGACACAACCACACUUGUCUGAAAAUCACUACUGGCCCUUGGAAUGGAAAGGAUAGAGCUGUAAACAAUGCAACUGCUACUCACUACAUUAUGACAAUUUUAGGCUGCCUCUUUAGCAUGGUAAUUUUUCUGGGUGUGGUCUACUAUUGCUUGCGAAGAAAGCGUCAGCAAGAUGAAAAGCACAAAAAAGCAGGUAGCCUGAAGAAAAAUAUAAUGGAACUCAAAUAUGGACAAGAACUGGAGGGAGGGACUAUUUCUCGAAUGUCACAGAAACAGUUGUUGGCUGGGGAGAGCAUGGCACGUAUGCCAUACUUACCAUCUGCAGGUGAAAUGGAGCAGUACAAAUUUCAAGAGAUAAGUGAUACUCCUAAAAUGAUGAAAGGCAAUUACAUGGAGGUGCGAAGCGUGGACCACCAUGAACGCAGAGAGUGUGACAUGGGAAUGGCUGGAAAUAGCCAGGGGUCGGUGGCAGAGAUUUCCACCAUUGCAAAAGAGGUGGAUAAAGUCAAUCAGAUAAUUAACAACUGUAUAGACGCUCUAAAGUCAGAAUCCACCUCUUUUCAAGGGGUGAAAUCUGGAGCAGUGUCCACUGCAGAGCCCCAGCUCGUACUAAUAUCAGAACACCCACAGAGUAAAUCUGGCCUUCUGUCCCCAGUGUAUACGGACAGCUACCACCACUCUCUGCAGAGGCAUCGGACCUCUGAUGUCUCGCCAAAGAGGCCCAGCACUGCCACAGGAGGGCCCAUGCGAAGUCCCAGGCCUUAUCGCUCUGAAUCCAAGUACAUAGAGAAAACCUCCCCAACAGGAGAGACCCUCCUCACUGUAACACCUGCUGCCACCAUCCUGAGGGCUGAGGCAGAGAAGAUCCGUAAGUACAGUGACCACCGGCACUCAUAUCCCGAUGCUCAGAUAGAGGAGCUUGAAGGACCUGAUGGUCACAAGUCCUCCAUGUUGGAGCCUCUUACUCACUCCCGCUCCAGAGACUUAGCAUAUUCCCAGCUUCCAUCUCAGUAUCACAAUCUAAGCUACUCCUCCAGUCCCGAAUACUACUGCAAACCUUCACACAGCAUCUGGGAGCGAUUCAAACUCCACCGGAAACGGCACAAAGAUGAUGAGUACAUGGCUGCAGGCCAUGCACUGCGUAAGAAAGUCCAGUUUGCAAAGGAUGAGGACCUGCAUGAUAUUUUAGACUACUGGAAAGGUGUAUCAGCCCAACAUAAAUCAUAACCUCUUUAGGUGUUUUUAAAAAUGGACCACACAUUGCAGAAAUGACACAAGAACCUCGUCUGACAGUUGAAUCAAUGGAUACUUCCAUAUUAUAAUCAACUACUCACUCACAUGUAUCACAUUCUCUUUUGACUGUGAGGAAAAUGGGGUAAAGAUUCUUUAAAUUUGUCAUAUUAUGUAAAGCAUUCAUCGGGAAAACGUUUAUCUAUUAAAAAAGAAAAUAUAUUGCAAAUUAAUAAUAUAUAUGUUACAAUGGAUUAUAGGUUUUUGGGUAUCGCAUGGCCAAGUCCUGUGACAGUGGAUUUGCUGUUGUUUAAUAUGAAACUACUAUAUGAAGAUAUGUCUGAAACCUCAAUAUUUUUUUGAGGAACUAUCUGAACCCUUCAUUCAAAAAAAACUUUUUUUCUUCCCUCCCUGCAUAUAUUUAAUUCAACAAAACUAUGUACAGAUAUGGGUUUCUAUAUUUGCAAUGUUUGCUGUGUAAAUGGAAAAGUAUUAAUGGAUGAAUCAGGUUUAUCAAAUGGAGCUCUGUUCAUUUAGAAUAACUUGUUGCUGAACAACGGCAUGUCCCAUUUUAAACCUGUCAGAUCAUUUGUCAUUUUAACCGUUACCGCCUAUUUUUUAUUCUUUUCUUUUUUAAAGCUUUUACAUGCAUUUACAAGAUACAGACAGAUUCAGUUUUAAUGUCCCCUUAAUCACACAACACAGUAUUCACUGGAUGGAAUCUGAUAGACUUCAUGCAGGCAAGAUGCGGUAUACUGUAUGCUGUAAUGAAGGUCUCAGUCAUCAGUUUCAUGAACCAUCAUCAUAUCGUAUCUUUAGUACCAAAGUAGAAAAAGCUGAAAUGUUUACAAUAUUUCUGCAUGAUCUGGGAGUCGUAUGAACAUACAGCAGCAGGUCCAUGUUAACUUUUUUAUUUUUUUAUUGUAUCAGUUACUCCUUCAAAAGUGAAAACAUUGGGAAACAAUAAUAUCCACAUACAGGGUAUUGAAAGCCUACUAUUAAUCACUAACAUUUCAAAGGGAAGGCAGCUGUACUUUGUCACCUGUUGUUUAGGUAGAGUUAGCUGUUCUUCCCUGCAGGAGAGCCCGAUGGAUGAAUGUAACAGAUACAUAUUCUGAUCUGUCUAUGGCAGCUUAUAUGUAAGGAAAUAUUAAUUUAAUGCUAUUAACGACUAUUUUUUUCUUUUGCUUCAGUGUUUCUUCCAGUGUAUUAUAUUGCAUUAUGUCUGAUCCGAUAAAUGCAGGAAAGUAGUUCAUUCUACGGAUGGGCCUUGUUGCUUGCAGAGAGGUUUCAUUUUGGUUUUACCUGCUAGGCUGUUCAGUCUUUUUGUAUAUUAUGAAAGAUACGUACCACACAAAUAUCAACAUGCUAAAGUAAAAUUUGAGAAUGUGAAACUGAAUCCUCUGACUUACUGGCUGUGAAUUUGUAUAUCAUGAAAUUUUUUGAGUAAAUAUAAGACUUAACGUUUUUUCUUUGUAAGAUGUUUAUAUAACUUAUUUCAAACAGGCUCAUGAUGAUUCAUUACAUAUUCAUGAAUGAGCGAUAAAUAUGUAUUUAAGCUCUCCCGCUUACUUGAAGAAUCUAAUAAUGUAACUCUAAAUGUAUUCUCAAUGUAGGAUGUGGGUUUAUUAAAAAGUAGAAAACUUUGAGGUUCAGCAGUUAAGCCUCACCAUCUGUCAUUUCUAGGGCUGCAGAGAUAUUAAAAAAAUCUCAACUGCUAUUAUAUAAAUUUGGCUGAAUUGUGAUCAUGAUUACGAAGUAUGAUUAUCAGUUUUAAUUUAAGGAAACAAAGACAACUAUUUCCCCAAGUAGCAGCAGGUCUUCUUUCUAUUUUUCCUUUUCUGUUCUCAUUACUCAAGUUUUCAUCCAAAUUUAACGAAUUUCCAAAAAAUGUGCAAAAGAAAAUGUAAUUUAGUGCGUGUAUUCAUCCACUGCUGUUACGCGAAUAUUAGGCUAAACAGUUGGUGGAACUAAUUCUCUAGUCAGGUGCGAUUAAACCACUGCAGAGGAGAGGGCACAACGGGAUGAUUAAAAGAGCGCCAGUCAAACCUCAAACGAACAAAAGUGACGUGGAAAACUUGUUGGAAAUGUGACAUUUAUGUUUGUUAUAUGUAUUAAUUUGAGGAGGGUUACAGGUCUACUCAUCGCUCCACACAGAUCUGAUGUUUUUUGUCUGCUGCUAUUUUUCACGUCUUCAGUGGAGUGGAAGCUUCAGUGAACAUUUGAGUCACAUGCUUCAUGCACAUCAUGAUUAAUUCAGUCGCAUUUUGCUUUUAUUGAUACACCAACUUUACCAUCUCAGCCAAGCGUAAAAACUUCUUUGAGAUAGUUCUUUUUCUAAUUUGCAGCAUUUCCACUGUCCAAAUUGACAGUGAACAUAAAAACAGGUGAAUGGACACUCACUUUUUGUGGUCCUCAAUUCAUAAAUUCAAAUAGAACCAAUUAGUACUUUAUCAUAUUGGAUGAAGCUACAAUCCUAGUACAACUUUGCCCAGAAUCUGUCGUGCUUUAAACAAAGCAAACCAUUCUUUUCCAUUUUGUCUCUUGUUGCAUUUUAUCUAACUUCAGUUUUGGUCAUAUGGCAUAUUUUGCACACUCAAAAAAGUGCAUACCAACAUCAGCCCUUUGAGUGGAAAUGAAUAUUUAACACUUCAAUAUCUAUGAAUCAAAAACAUGAAAGCAGGACAGACAUACUCAACGUACUGUGUGUUUUGGUGAGGACCAGAGUCUGCAAUCUCAUAGCAGAGCUGACUCGAGAGAAUGAAUUUCUCUAGUGACAUAUUUUGUUAUACUCUUUUUAUGUUCCAUUAGGCAUUAAGUAUGUAAGCAUAACUGCAGGCAUUAGUUAGGCCAUUUGUAUUUUUUCUGUGUCAUAAUGCUGCGUCCAUUUCAUGUAACUGUGUCAUGACACUGUUAUCAUUCAUUAAUGUGAAAUGAAGCUUUCAUGAGCCUGAUGUGAAUGUGUUGUGUAAGCACUUUAUAAAGUGUUAACUUGGUUGUCUGACUUAAUAUUUCAACCGCCUUAAGAUUUUGGGAUAUGUGUACAAGUGUAAAUUUCCUUUUGUUUUAUUUCAAUGUUAAUACUGUUGACACGUUUCCAUUUGUUGUUAUUUUUAUAAAAGCAUUUCAGUAUCUUCUGAGAGCUGUCAGGUUUCUAGUUCAUUUAGCUAUUUAGCAACAUGUUUUUAUACUGCAUAUUGUAGCACUUGUGUGUCUAAUAAGAGUUUAAAGUGUUGAUAAAACCUUUAGAAAGAUCAACAGUUGUUGUUCAAGUGCAUCAAAACAAACAAGAGCACAAAAAUGUGUUUUUUUAUUUUAUUUCUUAAUACUAUGUUAUCUGCUUUCAGACAAAGUACUGUGAAAUAAAGUUAAGGGUGCACAUACAGUA